GAAACCACAAUACUAUUUGAAUGUUGUGUUCAACAAAAUUGAACAUCAAUUCAGAGUAAACUGUCCGCUGAUUUAUAAUAUAUGUUUUACAUACAAGUAUCCAGUUAUUAGACAACUACUAUGUUUGCCGAUUGGAUUUUUAAUUGGUUACUUGUUUUACGUUUAUGUUGUUUACCGGUUUGAUAUUGACAUCAAAAUGGAAAAAGUAAUCCGCUAUUUGAUUGUCUCGUUGGUCACCAUUAUGUUUACCGUUUCGGUCGAAAUGCGGGCCAUUUGUUGUCUACUAUUGCCAUCAUUUUCAGGCAGAAGUGGUCGAAAUUAUUUGAUAUUUGUAAUAUUGAUUACAUUGUUUGAUGUCCCGGUGCGCAAUGCUAUUGAAAAUACAGCAGAGUUAGCCCAAUGGAGCUAUUGUUCGCUGAAGACAGGUCUGGAACAGGCAAUGGUUGGCCAACAGUUGAUUAGCGAACCGGCAAAAACUAUUAUUCAAAAUUAUAUCGAUCAACAAAUUAGUGAUCAAAUACAACAACACACCGAUAAAAAAAUUAAAAACAAACAGUUAGACAAAUUGGACAACAAUUUUGGACGACUUUACGCCAAUCAUAGACAAAGAAUAGAGAAACGAUUAAAUGACACCAAAGAUAACAUAAACGAUAAGGACAGUCAUCCUAAAAGUAAAGAUAAUGACAGUAAAAAUGGCACUCAUUUGGAUGAAUUCAAAGACAAAAUGAAUGAAAUGUGUGAAAAUAAUUUGAGAGAUAAAUUCAAUGAUUGUUAUAAUACUUUUAAAUUUGGUUUCUGGAUGCGUAUUGUUGCUUAUGGGGCUCAAACGUUUACCAGCCUGGAUGAAAAGGCCAACAAAUUUUGUCAGGAAAAAAUUUUGAAACCAAUGUAUAAUAAAACAUGUACCAAACAUCAAAAUCUAACGGUGCCCGACAAAGAUAUGAAUGAAAUGAACAAUAUGUCAGACAUGAUAUCUAUGCUGAGAAACACUAUAACUAUUGACCAUAAGUUUGAAACGAUAAACAUUACGGAAUUAUUGAAAAUGAAAGGUGUCGUCCAACAGAUCAACUAUUAUCGCAAAACAAGUGUCUAUUACAGCAAACUGGCCGGUCGUAUAGCCAGACAUCUGGUCUUAUUUGUAUUUCUAUGGAUAUUCAUCAGUGCCAAGUCAUACCAUUAUAGCUAUCUGAAGAAAAUCCAAUUUGACAAUUGCUAUAUUACCGGCUAUUUUAGGCGAAUCGAUGCCAGACGUAAAAAAGCGAACAAACUAUCAUUACUUCCAUUAAAACUCUUUGAGCGCAAAGAACUAUUAGAUCCAUACAGUCCUCAGUUAUCGCCGUUCGAGAAGAAACACUUCAAAUGCAGUACAAUAUGUUUAAUCAUAUUUUUCAUUUGCAUUGUAAUUAUCUUAACAAUGGACUCAAUUAUCUAUGAUAUAAGCCAAUUGAUUAGUAAAGAAUUGGGACAGAUAUGGGUGACACAGUCGGGGCAUCACUCGAUGGACCCGAACGUAACCGGCUGGAGGGGCAUCAACUCGGGUUAUAUGCCGACAAUUAUGAAACACAAUCUAAAUAUUUAUAAAUUUAGAUUUGAAUUCAACAGUUAUGUAACAACAAACAGCUAUUGUUCAAUGAAGAUCCAGAAAAUCAAUGACAAAGUCAUUGCCGAUAUCUACCGUUUCUUUGUAUUGGUUUGUCUGUUAAACUAUUUGGAUAUGUAUUUAUUGCGAUUGCGGCGACUCAUAUGCGGCUACUUUUAUCCUAUUAGAGCCAAAAAGCGGACAUUAUUUCUCUAUAAUGAGACACUUAAACAUCGAAAAGGAUUAUUAAAAUAUUCUGUACAACGGGUCCGCCAAAUGGUUGCCGACAAACUGUUUGACUAUUCAAAAGGUCAGCUUCCAAGUGGUGCCUACUUUUACGGCUAUUUAAAUGACAGAAACUGUCCGUUUUUGGUCAAAUGCCUGCAGAAGUUGAUAUCAUUUUUAUCCACUAAAAAAUGUAUUGUUUGCGAUGAAAAACUCAAGACAAGCGCCGAUUAUGUCAAAUGUCCCGAAACUAAGUGUGGUCUUUAUUAUUGUCUUCAAUGUUGGACAGUUGAGUGUAACAAACAGUGUCUUGUUUGUCAUCCAAGUCCUUAUUUAGACUAA